AUGACAGACGAUGAAAGUAAAGGGAAGUCAAUAGACGAGGGAUCAACUACGAAGUCGAUCGAGAAGUCUGAUAAUUCCAAAAGGGUGAUCCCAUGGAACCUUGAAGACCACGGCGUCAACUUGAAGACAUUUACUGGUUACGACAUUAAACUAAAUGGAUGGGUUAGAAAGGACAUCAUUGAAGAGAGAAAGAAGAAAUCCAAUGGAGAUGAUGAAGAAAAUAAAAUGGGAACUGAAAGUUGA